CCUCGCUCGCACGCAUUCCUUUUCUCACCACAGACACGAUCACCCUAGCCUCCUCUCCUCCUCCGCCGCCGCCGCUCUGACGACGACGACGACACGAUGACGUCCGACGCGUUGCCGCAGCCCAUCCAGAGCGCCAAGGCAGCCAUGAAUUCUCUCGCCGCCGUCCUCGGCGACGCGCUUCCGGAGUCCCUCGCCUCGGCCGAUGAUCCCGCGGCCGCGCUCCUCCACGACGCCGGCGUCGCCAGGGCCGUGGCCGGGCGACUCCGCGGGGCAGGAUCGGGAGCGGGCAACGACGGGCUCUGCCGGUGGCUCUACGACGCGUUCCAGUCCAACCUCCCGGAGCUCCAGCUCACCGUGCUCCGCUUUGUCCCGGCUCUUGCCGGCGUGUAUAUGUCCCGCGCCGUCUCGAGGAAGCCGCUCGCCGGGUUCGAGGCUGUGCUCCUGGCGCUGUACGCGCACGCGGCGGCGCAGCGGGGCGCGGGGGAGGCCGAAACCGUCGCACUGCCGAACCUGGCAAAUCCCAGCGUGUACCACGACGCGAAGGUGGCCCCCAAGACCAAGGCCGCCGAGCUCGACGUCGCCGUACUCUCCCCCGCGCUGGAGCCCCACCGCACCAUGCGCGCCACCCGCCGCGCCCGGAUCGUCGGGGCCGUGCUGGAGCUCUACCUCGCCAAGCUCGCCCUCAUGCCGCUCUCCUCCAAGAUGGACUUCUGCGAGUUCUGCGUCGCCUGGGCCGGGAACCACAGCAAGCUGGACGACAAGCCGCGCGUCGCGUCUGCCUCCGAGCCCGAAGCCGCCGGCGCCGGCGCCGCCAACACCGCCGAAGAGAAGUGGCGGAGGGUGCCGCUGCCCUGGGAACUGUUCCAGCCGGCCAUGAGGAUCAUGGCACACUGCCUGCUGGGCCCCACGAACUCCGAUGAGCUGAAGGCGCAGGCCGCCCGCGCGGCGGAGUGCCUGUACUGGAGGGCCGCGGAGACCAUGGACGCGCGCGCGCUGCUGGCCACCAGGAGCCUCGUCCGCCUGUCCCAGAUGACGGAGGAGCCGAUCCCAGAGCCGUCCUUCUCCGGUGGCAUGGAGAACAUGGCGGAGCUGGAAGCCAUGAGGGCUAACAUCCUUAGCACCAAGAACUAAACUGAUCAACAGUUGAUCAGUUGUCAGGAUUCCAGUUGUUAGGAUUCAGAAACUUUUGAUCAGAGUUUCAGACACGCUUGAAAUGAAACACAAAUUGUUUUUUUUUUCAGUGAGGUGGAUCCGUGGAUGUAUAAGAAAUUAUGCGUUUAGCGUGCUGCUCUCUCAAUAUUUUUUUUAUUUAAUGUCGCUGAUUUUUGAGUUUAUAUUCACAAGUUCUACAUAAUUAUUAAUUAUUUUUGUUAUGAUUU